UACAGAGCCAUCAGUAGGUUAAAAUAUCCACCCCAUAAUCAAAAACAUGUUAAAUCUGAUAUAAAUGUACCACUGUUUAUGUUCAAAUUGUGGUGGAUUUAUUUUCUAAUAAGUACAGGUGAUUUUGUUAUUUCGAAAUUAGUUAUUGAACAGAAGUCACUGUCGACCCCUGACCAGCAGAGGGCGCGUUCGCCACACUGUGUGUUCUCGGUCAUUCAGAGAAUGAGGACACGUAUAAACUGUGAAGCUGAUAUACGUGUGUGGCGAACUCUGAUUCUAAUAUCAACAUUUUUGGCUCUUUGCAGAAGAAAAAUAAAGCGGAAUUUCAAAUUAAAUGUGUAGUGGAGACAGCUUCAUUCAGUACCACGCUACAUAUUUUGGUAGCAGAGGAUGGUUGGUUCAGCCCAGGGCCUAAUCGCAUAGAAAGAAAGCCGGACCAAUCAAAGCAGCAUCAUGGAGGAAGCAAGGGACGAGGUGAGCAGGAGAUUGCUGACGCUGGGGGAGAAGGAGCUCAUUCACCUAUGUGAACAUCUAAAGUGUAACGCACCUGUUGGGGGUUUUGCCAGCAAAACAAGACGCACCCUAAUCAGGUUGGUGGAGAAGACAUUAGAUGAAAUUGAAGAGGGUGAAGAGUCCACAGAUUCAUAUCAGAAGUAUCUCCAGCAAUUACUGUCCGAUCUUUCCUCUCUGAAUCCAACACUGGAAGAAACUGAGGCUGAGACCGUAGUUCAGGAGAAAGGGGAGCUAGAGGAGUUGAAAAUGCAGUACCAGAAAUUACAGCAACAGAUGGAAGAGGAAAUUGGGGCGUUGGAGGAAAAAAUGAAGCAGAGGAUGCAAGCAGCAGGAGGACACACUGCAUCGGUCCCCAUUACUACAAAGGAUGUAGACACAAAGUCUGCCAUCACCACACCAACCAGGCUGCCUGAGGUCACGCUGAGGCGGGAGUUUCGGAUAAUGGGACAGAUCGGUGAAGCGGGCCAGAAAGAAAAAUUGUCCUACACCAGCCUCAUAAACCAGAUCGAGUCGGCACUACAGAAAGGACAUGGAGAAGCAAAGAUUAUUGAAGCAGUCACACGUGCUGUGAGCCCAGGUCUUCAUCUGCGGGAAAUGUUGGAAAUAAAGCGAGGACUGACAUUACCCACCCUCAAAACCAUACUUAAGGGGCAUUACAAAGUGGAUUCUUCCUCUGACCUGCUGCAUCGUCUGAUGAACAUGACACAAGACCCAAGGGAGUCAGCACAGAAUUUCUUAUUCAGAGCAAUAGAACUGAAAGAGAAGCUAAUGAGAAAAUUCAGCGAUGAUGAUGCAAGCGAAGAAGGUGAGCAGUUCAGUCCUCAACUAAUUCAAAGAAAAUUUCUCCGCUCUAUAGAGACUGGUCUUUACAGUGAUGCAGUUAAGUUUCAACUCAAACCAUAUCUCAGCAACCGUACUGUCACAGAUGAGGUGUUAAUUGAACGGAUCAAUGAGGCAACAAACUUAGAACAAGAGAGACAGCAGUAGAUAGUGUUACUCGUGAACAAGGGGGAAGAAGUAAGAAAAGUCAAGGACCCAAAAC